AGUACAUCACCUCCUUCUCCUUUGUUCGGAAAAACCCUAAAAAAACCAUCUACUCUCAGGAUCCCAGAUAAAAAAUGGAUCCUCACCGAUCUCCAAAUCUGCUCGACGAAGCUCUAGGACUGGACCAGAGUGCCGGUACAUGGCCCCUCGGCGGCCGAGUGGUGCUGGUAGAGGACUGCGUGGAAACCAGCGGAUCAUUCGUUCUCUACCAAAUCAUCAAGCGAGCUCUCUCUCCAAACUCCUCCAAUGUCGUCAUCUUCCUCGCAUUCUCUCACUCGUUUUCGCACAUCGACCGUAUCCUCCGCAAACUUGGUUCCAACUUGGUUGCGCAAAGGGACAAUAGCAGAUUUUUCUUCUUUGAUAUGCUUAUGCUGCAGUGUCCAGGUGAGGAAAUAAGAAAGGGAAAGGAUGGGCUUGUGGAGUUGUAUAGAAAAGUUCAGACACUUGUUAGUUCCUUACCAGAAGAUAAGAAAAAAUGCAUUACCAUAAUGGUGGAUGAUGUAUCUCUGAUGGAGGUGGCUACCAAUGGGUCUUCAGAUCAUGCGUUGGACUUCUUGCGUUAUUGUCAUACCUUAACAUCGGAGUUUGGUUGUUCAUUAGUCUUACUAAAUCACGAGGAUAUCUAUUCUGGCUUGUUGAGGCCUACAUUUUUGUUGCAGAUGGAGUACCUUGCAGAUGUCAUGGUAAAGGCUGAGCCUUUGGCCACGGGUUUGGCAUCAGAUGUGCAUGGACAGAUGAUGGUUUUGAGCAAGGGUGUAUGUGGUAAACCGGGGAACUUAAUGAACAAGAUGCAUAACUUCCAAUUUCGGAUCAAGGAAAACACUGUCGAAUAUUUUUAUCCUGGUAGACGGACAUGAGACAGUUGAUUAUAGAUGUGUGGAAGAUUUAACGCUACUUAAUUGUAACUAUUGGCCUGUUUAGAUGAGGUUCUAUGAUGCAUUUAUAGGCCAUUUAGUUUACAUAGGCAGGCAAUAUUUUUCUGCCAAGGCAUGUAAAACGUUUGCGCAACACUAUGAGAUUACAAUUUCAUAGAAGAAUCUGGUGAUAAAUCUCAAUUACAAUACUUAUGAGAAUUGAUCUUGUAUUGUAUAUCAACUUACUAUAGUUCGUUUAUGAGGCCUUUGAGGAUAAAUAUAUUCACUGUUUUAAACUUUAA